UCUCUUUAUUAUAAACCUUAUCUGACCUUGCUUUCUCAUUAAGCAACACAAACCCCAAAACUCAGAUCAUUCAAAACCCUAACGAACUACAAAAAAUGGCGUUAGUGGGCGGAAUCAGUGAGGUAGAAGGAUCUGCCAACAGCGUUGAGAUCGAUGCCCUCGCGCGUUUUGCUGUUGAUGAUUACAACAACAAACAGAAUGCAUUGUUGGAGUAUAAGAAAGUAGUGAAUGCAAAGCAGCAAGUGGUGGCUGGAUUGAUGCAUUAUUUAACCUUAGAGGUAAUGGAUGGUGGUCAUAAGAAGCUCUAUGAAGCCAAGAUUUGGGAAAAGCUUUGGUUAAACUUUAAGGAGGUUCAGCAUUUUAAGCUUGUUGGUGAUGCACCUUCAGCUACGAGCUCUUAAUUGGCCCGGCGAGUCAAGACUAUGUAUAGGCUGCUAUGUUUGGAGGUCAAUGCAUGCUCGAGAUAUAAGUAGAGAAUAAUGUCGGCAGCAUUACCGCUUACUGCAACUGAAUGUUUUCCAAACUUCAGUUUAAUUAUAUGUAAUGUUGAAUUUGCUUUAAACAGUGCAUAAUUAUGAAUACUUACUGCUAUUUAUGUAUGUUCUUCCCUAUAUGUAUUAGAGCCAUGAUGAUAAAUGUGCUCUUUGUUAAUAAAUCAACUUUUGAUCUUGAUUAGCAUUUCUCUUAA